AUGGCCUUUCUGUCCUGGACAUUUUUUCCUUCCUUUUUUCAUUUCCUUGAAAGGAACAGAUUUUUUUUGACUUUUGCCACACAGCUGCACUAUCUCAACCCCUUUUACAUUUUAAGUUUUCGGGUUGAAUGGCAUCAAAUUUGGGAAAAUUUAGCUUACUCAGACACCAACACAUUUUUUCAUGAGUAUUGUUGGAAAAUCUUUCCAUGCUUAUCAGCCGGAAUACGGAACAACGGCUGCUGUGAUGCCGCAAAGGGGCAAGGAAAAAAUAAGCAACACACACCGAAACAGGAGGAAGAAAUUCCGAACACAAGCCUAAGAAGACACCGCAGUUGUUGCAACAUGUUCACAUGUUCAUCCCCCUGCUACUACUUGGAAAUUAAUGUAGGGGUAAUUGGAGUGCGCCGGCCCGUGCUUUCAGAGGAACAAAGGAAGAAUUGUUAA